GUGACUUACAGGAUGAAUACCUUCCAGGUUAUUUUUCUCUUGGCUGCAGGCCUCUCUGUCGCCCACUCACUGGAACACAGGGCUCUGAAUCAGUUCAGGAAUAUGAUCCUGUGUGUGCUGCCUGAUAGCUGGCCUUUUUUCGACUACGCUGACUACGGCUGCUUCUGUGGAAAGGGAGGCUCCGGCACACCUGUGGAUGAUGUGGAUAGGUGCUGCCAAGUGCACGAUCUGUGUUACACCGACGCAAUGCAACACCCUGAGUGCUGGUUCAUCAUCAACAACCCGUACACCGAGUUCUACAGCUACAGCUGCGACAAGCCAAACAAUAAGGUCUCCUGCGGCAGUGACAACAACGCUUGUGAGAUGUUCAUCUGCGAGUGUGACAGGAAGGCCGCCGAGUGUUUUGGCGUAUCGCCUCGGAACCCUGAGUACGAGCAUCUGCCCAGCGACCGCUGUCACAGCUAUUAUUGAACAGAAAAAGUGAUCCAUUUGUUAAAUUGUUGAUUUCUUAUUGGAAAUAUUGACCUUAUACAUUCUCACGUAAAGUAUACGGUGACCUACUGUAUACCCAUCCCUUUAUCCUAUCCUGUGCUGAUUACUGUAAUUGUGCAUGUAAUUGUGAAGUUAUCCUGAUAAUAAAGACACAUUCAUCUACA